CAGCAUCCUUGUUCCGCAAAGUAACGAUAUGGAUGGCGGUAAUGCACACUUGGAGCGAGAAAUUACAAAAUGGCGAACCUUGGAAGUGGUAUAUGGUCACCAUUUAAGGAAAUACUAGCAGUAGUUGAAAUUGCUGUCAUACAUAAAAGGUCGGAGAUAUAUGCCGAAUUAGAUGAGACAAUUACAAAGCACAAGCCAAUUUUUCUCGGUUUACUUAAAAAUUUGAGUAAGAAUGCAAGUCAUAGAGAACAGAUCAAAAAAGCUCAUAAAUAUGGUUUAACUUUGGAAGGUCAAAAAGGCACAAUCAAACUACAAGAAUCAUUGAUUCAAGAAAUACUUCUUAUAAGUGAUGCACUGGAACUGAAUGAAUUUUCUGUGCUAGAGUUGAUGCUAGAAGCAGAACAUCAAUUACCAAAUUUUCCAGGUUUUUCACAGCAACUUGUGGCUGCUUUACUUUACCAUGAUGGACGACGCUGUCUUCUGUCAGCGUUAAAACUUUUGUUGACGGCUAGGCCUGGUAUAACUUGGUCAACUGAACUUGAUGAUCGUAUUGUCGAAUUAAUUGAAAAACUUGUCAAUCAACUUCUUGACGAUGGUUUAGUUUCAAAGAUACUUCUGUUGCUUGAAGAGAUCAGUUUGCCAAAAGAACUAAAAAAGUUAGAAGAUGCAAGAUGCUUGCUGGAUGGCAAACACAAAAAGUUAAUCACAGAACUUAUUGAAGAACAACAACAGUUAUUAGCUGAUUGCCUCUUUGUAUUAUCUUGUCAGUACCCAUUGCAAAAGGAUGAAUGUAUAAAACUAUUAGAUUACUUGAAGUUAGUUGCACCUAACACAUCAGAUGGAAGUCUGGAUUUCGUUACCCUUCGUGUUUUUUUAGCUGUCAUAGCAAGUUUUAAUUGUAACAUAAUUGACAGUGCUGUUGAAAACAUAGAAGAUAGUCAGUAUCAACAACUACCUUAUUUCAAAGACAAAAAGUUCUUAAUAAAUGUCCAUCAGGUGAUAGUUCGGCCUGAUGUGCAACUGUGGCAAAUGCCUGGGCUAAAGUUUGUUAUUCAAUGGUGCUGGUCAGUUUUCCUCCGAAGUUGCUCAGCUCAUCCUGAACUUGUGGAUUAUUAUAGUGAUGUGAUUGAGGAAGACGAAAGUAGUCUUGACUCGGCUAUUGAUGGCGAUGCAUUAAAGUUUUUGCGAACAUGUGUCAUACAAUCUAAAAAAUUUCACGAAGAGGAAUACUUUCUCAAAAUCGUCCAUUCCUUCAUUACAUCAUUUAUUGUGAAAUUUCCACUUAAGAUGAAAGAGUUAAGAACAAGAGGUGAUGAGAAUGCUCAUAUUUUGCAAGCCCAUUUAAAUGAAGGCAUGGAGCCUCCACAAGGACUACGACAUGACUUUCAAGAGUUUAUGUCUUUGGUCAGUUCUUUAUAUGAUAAAGACCCAUUGGGGUUAGAACUAAAUAGUGAAUAUUGGAUUCCACCUGAACCUCUGGGUGGUAUCUUCUCUCCACAGCCACUUAGAAAAAAUCAGCAAAACACAGACCAGAGAAAGUUGAUGCUCAAUAAAUUUGUCCGUUUGGCUGGCGAUAUAUUGUUGCAGCCACUAUAUGUUCCAUAUAUCAGCAUGCUUACUUCUCUUUCAAACAAUGAGCAGUCUGCUUCUUAUUGUUUUCGACUUUUAUCGAACGGUUCAACAGAACGUGGUGGAGCAUGUUCUGUUUCUUGGGAUCAUUUCUUUGCAUCACUCAAACAAUAUUAUUUAAGUUUAAGACAAGUAACAGAUGCAUCAGACCAUCGAUCACAUGUUCAUACUCAUUAUGAAAUAUCACCUGAAGAACAAGCUGGUUUGGAAAGUGUUUUACGACUUAUAAAAGUCGUUACAGAAAAUAGUGAAAAUGUUCGUGUUGCUUUAUGUGAAAAUCAAAACUGGCUGCCAGUUGCAUCUUUACUUGGUUUGGUUUGUUGCCCCGUACCUCCUAGCCUAAAGGGUUUGUUACUGGAAACACUUGCUGCUUUCUCCAAAACACCUGAAAUUGCUGCAUCUUUAUGGCAAUCCUUAGAAGCCUCGCAGGUGCUUCAAACAACCACACCUUCAGGAUCAAAUGUAAAAUCAGGAAUUGCUGUGGAACUCCAAGAAAUUGAAUCACGCAAUGAAGUAUAUCCUGAAACAAGAGGUUUCUUAAAGUUGCUUGAUCAACUUACUGAAGUGGCUAUACCAACAACAUUAGGUGCUGGUCAUCGUGUUCCUGGAUUCCAUCCAUAUUUGAACUUUCUUAUAGAUAAUGUAUUUCUUACGUUUAAAACAAGGGCAUACCAAGAUCCGUCUGAAAAGUGGAAGAUUGCAUCUGAAGUUUUGUCAAUUUUUGUGAAACUUUUAAAAGCGUACGAACCCCAGCCAGAAGAUUUUAUGGAAAAACAGGUGGAGAUUCAGGGAGUUAAUUUUGGUAAGGCAGCAAAGCCAGCAGGAUUUCAACUUCUAUCUUUGCUGUUGAAUGAUACACCUAUGUUGCGUAUGAUUUUGGCAAUUGUUGAUGACGUUUUGGAACACCUUCAAACCAUAAUAACAACACAUGAAUUCAAAGAUAUCUUAGAGAGUGCGGCCUGUAAAUGCUUAGAUCUGCUUGUGUGUGUCUUCGAGAAGCAAGGAAUAUUUAUGGAGCAUGCUCGAUCAGUUGGCUCCUCCAUAAUUUUAUCACUAUUAGAUGAAUUGCUACUUUCUGUCAAUCCAAAGACUGGUAGACCAGAUUAUCUGUUUAUCUUAGGAAGGUACAUGACUAUCAAUAAUGUUAAACCUUCCUUAACGCUAAAUGUUGUUCGAAUGUUUAAGUAUGUGUGUGAAGAUUCCAAAGUACAGAAAGAAGUCAUUGAGAUUUUGACACAGGAUGAGGUUUCAUCUCGCGAAUUUCUGGUUGGUUUUUCAGAACAACUUGAAAACAUUGAACCUGAGGAUGAAGAAACAAACAGGGAAGCAUAUGAAAAACUUGAAGAUAAUGAUUCACCUCAAGAAAAAUGUGUGGAUCUGAUUCGGCAAAAUAUUGUUGGUCUUCUUAUAACUUCCCUUCAGCAUUCCACCCCAAAUAUGGCUCAGUUCAUGUUAGGCUUUGAAGUAAAACGUCCCAUUUCGAAAACUAACCUUCAAGACCCAGGUGUGGGUGGAUUUCCCAAGACAUGUUUGCAUUCUGUCAUAGACAUUCUCAAUCGAGGUUUAACAGAUAUGUCGUCAUCAAUGGGCGGGACAUUGACACCAAAGCUUUCUGAGUUGUUGUACCGCCUAAUAUAUAUGCUCUGUUCCAACACAGACACUGGUCCAGCUGUGAGACGAUAUUUACAUACUCAUUGUGGUUUCUUUACUACACAUUGCAAAGCAUUACCAUUUGUAUCUACAACAACAGAAGAAAAUACUGAUGAACUACAAUACAUUAGACUAAUAAACCAACAAACAUGGUUGUUGAAAGCUAUUGCAAUCGAACUUAGAGUAGUCGCUGCCAGUCGUAUGCGUUCUGGCUUGCAGCAAUUGCUAACUAUCUUAUACAGCGACGAAACAUCAAGAACAGCGCCAGUACAUCAAUUUAACACGGAGAAUGUUACAGGUGUAGAGUCUAGCUUUAGUAGGCAGACACUCUCGCAAACAAUGUUUCAAUCGUGUUUUUCUCUUGGUGCUGACAGCCACAAUUUGAUUUUAUCUUUACUGAAGUCAAUGUCAUUCACACAGAGAUACCCUCCCAACGUGGAAUUGAAUUUUUUUGACUAUAGUGCUAUUGAACAGCUUAUCAUAUCUUGUGAGGAGACAGAUGAGAUGGGUGUGGUGUUGUGUAACGUAAAGAAGUUAUUUCGAAUUCUAAUGAAUGAGAUGAGUAACUCGCAAUUGGCGGUUACUGCUGUGCAAAAGCAGCAAAUCUUCCAAGAAGUUAAGUCAGUUUUACGACAUGCUGUAGAUAGAAAUGUUGUUCGUGAGUCCUUUCACUCAAAGCAAAGUUCUUUUGAUGCAUGGAGACAAGUUGUUGAAGUGACAUUUGCUGUCUGUCCAGAAGAUGUCAUUCAAGUAGACAAGAAACAGUUUAUAUUGACCGAGUUGUUGCAUGCUCUUAUCCCAAUGAUUAACGAUGAAGAUAACUUGCCAGAAUUAACAUCAGCUAUGGGUGGUACAAUUUUGAGUUUGAUGGCCAACCUGUGGUUCACUGUCACUCAGAUGGAUAGUGUCUCGUCAGCAACCGACAAUGUAGGAAUAUCCCUGUCAUCACUAGCAUCGAUUUUUUCUGGUAUCAUUGAAGCAAUCGUAGCUUCUGGUGGUGGCCAACCUCGAGUGAGAGCCAACUUGUAUGGUGCAUUUUUAUAUUACAUUCAAAUUGGACAAACAUAUGCCUCGAUUACUACAGAAGGUAUUUCUGACAGUAUUUUUGGGUUGCAGUCGAAAGAAAACUGGGAAACAAAUGCUUUAGAAAUAUUAAACAAGUACGGCGAAGCAUUCUUAGAUGUCGUUGCCAAGGAUACGUGUCAAGGUCCUUGCAUAUCACGGAUGAUGGGUAUGAGUGUGUUGGAUGCUAUUGCAUCAUUGGAUUGGAAACACAAAUACCUCAUGAUGAUGUCAUCGCACGGUCAUUUACGUGUAUUGAUCGAUCAACUGCUAGAUGACGAUAUAGAACUGACCAGUGUUCUCUCGGUACAACCACAGAGCAUGAAGCCACUUUACCUGUUCGAAUCUAAGAUGGCGUUCUUAGCCAAAGUAGCUUCAACAGAUUAUGGUGCGCAAAUCCUUCUGCAAGUCGGUUUGAUAUCUCGGCUAACAGAGUGUCAAUUUUUGGACUUCCAUGUCAGUAAACCUGCCAUGCUGUCCAACGCGACACUACACUAUUCGCAAGUGUAUGAUCCUUUCCUGCCAAGUCUCCCAGAAAGAUAUUCAAAAAUAUUUUCAGCAUUUGCGAAGUUGAUACUGUCGUUUUUGUCUUCUGUGGGAGUGCAACAUCAAAUCGCUAUUGCGCAGAUCCAAACUCUGAUUAUGAGCCAUAAAGAUGUAAUCCAAGACAUCCUCCAAGAUAAUAUGGCUGUGCAUUCAAUAAAUUCUCUUAAACAAUUAUCUCUAACUAUCGCAAUUAUAUCCGUGUUGCCCAUAACUGAUCGCAAAGAUGAUGCUUUGGAGAUUUUAACUGAUGAUCAAAGACAAUGGAGAACCUUUAUGAAUAGAAUACAAAGACUAAUGUUGGCUUUAUUGAACAAAUAUUCGUCAUCCACGAUAGAAAAGCAAACAGAAGAAAUACUUGGUGACAACGCCCAUGAUGUAACAACGAAGUCAUCUCCUUUGAACGUCACCGCUUUGGAGACGCGAAAUACUCUGUUGCAAAUACGAACAAGAAUUUUGACAUUUUGCAAGAAUAUUAUCUCCUCACAAGGCCUAAGUGGACCAUACUUCAGAGCGUUAUUUGGACCUACGUUUUCGGAUGCAGGUGAACAUGAGACACGUUUAAUCACUGGAAAACCAGUUUCAACAAAGCAAUUAUCUUCACUUUCUGUUUUGGUGAGGGAGCUUAAAGAUUAUCCUGAAACCUUGAAGAAGUCUUCUCAACAUUUAAAAGUGUUGCAGCGAAAGAUUGAUUCUAUUUCAGACAUGAGUCACGAUGAAUUGAAAGAGAUUCUGUCUCAAGAAGAAGAUACAGAACGCUUGCCCUACCAACAACGUCACAUUGUCGUGAAAAGAAUUUUAAGGAAACUGCAAGAUUUGAGAGAAGCAGAAGCUAGCUUUAUUUCCUAUAUUGUGGAGCAUGUUAUCUACAUGUUAUGGCGACAUAUAGAUUACUAUUACAUUCAUUGCAUACCAACGGAAGAAUCCUUCUUGGAACCAGACCUCAGCAGAACUGGCUACACAUCUCGUGCAAGAAGACUUACUGACGGAAGCUUCACUUCUUUCAUGGGUAAUGUUUCCAAUACAUCGAAAUACGAGCGCACCUUGCACGGAAGAACAUUGGAAAGUGAAACUACUUUACAUGGAAGCAAACUAAAGAGCGGGACAAGUCAGGAAGAUAUCAAGGAGUUGAAAAUUGAAGCAGCUACAAUAUUGACAGAUUCAUUGUGGAAAAAAAUUCUGGAAAGCGACCAAAGCCACGGUAAAGGAAGAUCUCGGCUGUCCUUUUCCGCUGCUUUGGUGCGCCGUUUACAAGGACUUAUUAAACUCAACUCAUGACGUCACAAUUCUGUUUCGAAGUCUUCGAAAUUUAAAGAGCAAGAAUGUUUCUGAGUGUAUAAAAACCUAACUAACGAAGAAGAAAUUGGACUUCGGUUUUAUAUUCGUAUAUUGUGUAUUUUGCAGAACGGGAUAAAUUAUUCACACCUUUUCUCAAUUUUGUAGCAAAAAAGUGUAUAUUAAGCAAAUGCGAGAGUAUUGGA